GAGUGUUGCGCCUUCCCGACUCCUCUGGCCCCCGGCGCUCGCCGUAGCGGUCCCGGCGGGCGGGGCCGGGUAAGAUGGCGGCGGGCAGUGCGGCGGAUGCCCAGGCGCGCUUCGGGCACUCGGUAAAGGGGCUCCUGACCGAGAAGGUGACGAGCUGCGGCACCGACGUGAUCGCCCUCACCAAGCAGGUGCUAAAGGGCUCCCGCAGCGCCGAGCUCCUGAGUCAAGCUGCUAGAAACAUGGUGAUGCAAGAAGAUGCCAUCCUGCACUCGGAAGAUAGUUUAAGGAAGAUGGCCAUAAUAACCACUCAUCUACAGUACCAGCAGGAAGCAAUUCAGAAGAACGUUGAGCAGUCCUCAAACCUGCAGGACCAGCUGAGGCACUUGCUGAAAUGAAGUGCAGCCGAAGGCAUGUGGACAUCUUGACUGGUCCUGAGGGCAGCCAAGCAUCCUUUCACCUGAGCCUGGGGUUCAGACCUGUGUCCGGAUGGUGCUGGAUGUCAGCUGGGAUAUGUGCAGAGUUCAUGUUCCCGAGCACGUGGGCCCCUCUUGCGUGUCCCCAUCCACGUCUCUGCUCCAGAAUGCUCUCCUGCUCGCCAGCACCUAACAAACAAACUGACCUGAAACUUCACUCCCCACAACAAUUCCUGUGUCCACUUGCUCCCCAUUUAGUGUGAGGUGCUCAGCCCACACCAGCACCCCUGGCAAGAAAUGCGUCAAAUAGAGCUGUGGCUUUUAAAUACAGGUGCCUACAGUUUGACACUGGUCUGCAUUUAGACACAGAGUGCAAUUUAUUUAGGGCGUGUUAAUCAGUGGGAGUUCUAAGUGCCUGGCUGGGCAAGAGAGAUGCUUCAGUGUAGACUGAGGUGCCGGUUCCAGGCCAGAAUUUCUGAAAGUGGGAAUCUGGGCACACACCUCUGUCACUGGUCCAGCUGGACAUGGUUUGGCCAGCAUCCUGCUCAGAGGUUAUCUUAUUUUCCACUCUGCCAGAGUUUGGAACGUCAUACCCUUGCCAGCCCAUCUGCACUGCCUUCGGCCUUCAACUGCACUCCUCAUCCUGGGCUGCUGCUCCCGCUGUUGAUGUAGCAGCCUUGGCUGUGGUGUGUGCAUCUGGUUGGGAGGGUAUCCAAAAGCCUGUCUGAGAAGAAGGCAGGAGACUACCAGGAGCUGGUGUGCUCAGUUCUGCGCUGCUCUGCGUUAGCAGGCUGGUGACUGGGCUUCUGUUCACAUUCUGGGUAGCAACAUCAGGCCCAGGCUAUAAAUACUGUGUCUGGUUUUUGGUAAGUCACUUAUCUGCGGCACUUGGAGUGCACGGGGAGCACUCGUUUGCCCAAGUGUGCUUUUCAUCAGCUGAUAGAAGGUGGCAGGCUGAAAGCAGGCAUCAGCCUGCCAUGCUCUUGUUGGACUGCUGCUGGGGUUUGGCUCCUGGGCUGCAGAAACUUCUCCUGGGCUGGAUUUCACCAUCCCCUCCAGUUCCUCUGCCUGAUUGGCCUUCACCUGGUGCCGCCACAGCUCCUGCGUCCCCAUGAAGGUGCCGCUGUUAGCCCAGGGGCUGUGCAAGGGUCCUGAUCCCCAGCUUUGCAGAUGGACUUGGGGAAUGAGGGUUUUGCCUGAGCUUCUGGGUAAGCUGUGACUCACUGAGAAUAAAAGUUGUGCUGAAAACCACUAAA